GGUCUAUGUAAAGAUUCUUAAAGAAAAGCCACAUGCCCAAAAGCUUAAAUUAGAGAACAUACUUGCCCGCAUGCAUCUGCUAGUGCUACAAAAGUUUACUAAUCCAUGACAUUUAUCUUAAGCUACAAGGCUCAGAGGAAAUAGCCAUGCAAAACAAGCAAGUUGGCAAUAUUGUUUGUUGCAUGCCUUAGAGGCAUGGUCAAGGAUGUGACACUCGAGAUUGGAUCCUUUUUAUUCUCUCUUGACUUUCUAGUACUUGACAUGGAUAGAGAUAUAGACUCCUAUAUCCUAUUUGGGAGGCCAUUCUUAUCAUCCCCUAGACCAUUUAUCGAUAUUCCUGCACGAAGGAUCACUAAUAACACAAAUUAUAGUGUUCUCAUUGUCCUAUAUUUGUGAUAACACCAUAUUCACACAUGUUUUUUUCCAACAAUUCUCGACAGCUUGGUUUAGCCUUUGAUUGCUUUUUGGUUCAUUUUAUGCUAGUUAGUACUUUUUGAUGAUGUUUUAGGUCCUUGCACAUAAAUGGAGGCUGAGGAGUAAGUGACGAAGAAUAACCUUGGGAGCAAAUUGAAGCGAUCUAAGGACAUUGGAGCUUGAUCUUUCACCCUCGUAGUGUUGAUUUCCAGUCUGGAGUAGAUUUUCAUUCCUCUCAUGAUGAUUUCUCUUCCAAACUUGGUGUUUUAUCUUCUCUUCGUGGAGUAAACUUCCUUUUCAUCUGGGUAUGAAAAGCCAUAGUUAUGUAUGUUAGGAAUGGUUGCAUGAACCCAGUUUGUGAAUAAUUGAUUCGAUAUAUUCAAUUGAGACAUUAAUCAAAAUUGAUUGAGUUAUGAUCAAUGGAGAUGGCUUCAUCAUUGAUUGUUGUAUUGUCCCUCUCUCUUAUGACUAGCGAAAGUUCUUAUUGUUUAGGGUGUGAAUUGUAUGAUUAAAUGAUAUAUUUUUGCUUAUGAAAUUAAAUUUUCGAUUCUCGAAUUUCUUGAUUUUGUGCUAUUGACUUGUGCAUGUAUGAUCUGAUUGAACACAAUUAGUCCUUAAUGAGUGACUUAUUAGCGGGGGAAAAAGGAGGACCGGGCCUCUGUACUGUGGAGCAUAGCUUCAUUACAUUUUGUUUCUCCUCUAGAGAUCGGGCUCAAGCCUCCAGCUAACUUCGGUUCGGAUCCUUGAUUUGAGUGGGCCGCCAGGAUACUUGGGCCUCCCCUCGGCCUCCUCGUUCGUCUCAGCCGGUGACCGUACGUCAACGCUAUGGCACAAAAAAUGUGUACGCAGAUCGCCAUUGCAACGCGAUGCGACGUCGCGUCAAUCCCCACAACACACCGGGGCGAGAUCUCAUCUGACUCUCUGAGCAACCGAGGGAAGUUUCCAUUUCCAUCGGUAGACGGUAGGCGCAAAGCAAACGAGACUUCCAUUCCACUCCACCUUUUCCCCCCCCCCCCCGCUCAAUUCUCUCUUUCACCGCAGGUAGAUCUCCUCCGCCGCGCCGUAGCGAAGAUGACGAAGCCGCCGGCAAUUCGUCCGUCCCUCCUCGCCCUGGCCGCGGCUGUCGCCGUCGUAUCCCUCAUCGCCACCGUCUCCGCCGAGAUAAAAACCCUAAGGAUUUCCAACGACCCCAGGCCGAUGAUUCUCUUCGAGAAGUUCGGAUUCACUCACACCGGCCACGUCACGAUCUCUGUCUCCGGCGUCUCCGUCUCUUCCUCCAUCAACGCUCCCAAUCCGGACCCUUCAGGUUUGGGCUUCUUCCUCCUCUCCCAAGAGUCUCUGUUGCAGGUCUUGCUCGAGAUGCAGCAAAACCCUAAUUUCUGCGUGCUCGGAUCCAAAUACGUCCUCAAUCUCUUCAGCUUUCGCGACCUUUCACCGCCGCCGCUCUCUUCCUUCAACCAAUCCUAUCCCAUCCCUCAUCCGAAUGAGUACUCUCUCUUCUUCGCCAACUGUGCCCCGGAGACGAAGGUCUCCAUGAAUGUUCGCACUGAUGUCUAUAACGUCGAUUCGGAUGGGUCCAAGGAUUUCCUCUCCGCUGGGCAAACACAAUUGCCUUCUCUGUAUACCGUCUACUCCACUGCUUACCUCGUGUUUAUGGGUUUCUGGAUCUACCUGUGCCUUACGAACAAGAGAUCUGUGCACCGGAUCCAUCUGUUGAUGGCUGGACUGCUUUUGAUGAAAGCUCUUAACUUGAUCUGUGCCGCGGUGGACAAGCAUUACGUGAAGGUCACUGGCACCCCCCAUGGGUGGGAUGUGUUGUUUUAUUUCUUCCAGUUUCUUCGUGUUGUAUUGCUCUUCACUGUCAUAGUGUUGAUUGGCACUGGGUGGUCGUUCUUGAAGCCCUUUUUGCAAGAGAAGGAGAAGAAGGUGUUGAUGAUUGUGAUCCCUUUGCAAGUAUUGGCAAAUGUGGCUUCUGUGGUGAUUGGCGAGACAGGGCCGUUCAUUAGGGAUUGGGUGACCUGGAAUCAGGUGUUCUUGCUGGUGGAUAUAAUCUGCUGCUGUGCCAUAAUCUUCCCAAUUGUUUGGUCGAUUCGUUCGUUGAGGGAGACGUCCAAGACUGACGGCAAAGCAGCGAGGAAUCUAGCCAAAUUGCAGUUGUUUAGGCAGUUUUACAUCCUUGUUAUCGGGUACCUGUACUUCACAAGAAUUGUAGUGUUUGCCCUGAAGACCAUUGCAGCAUAUAAGUAUCAAUGGGUGAGCAGUGCUGCAGAGGAAGCAGCAAGUUUGCUGUUUUAUGGAGUGAUGUUCUACAUGUUUAGGCCGUUGGAGAAGAACGAGUACUUUGUGAUUGAUGAAGAAGAAGAAGAGGCAGCUGAGAUGGCCUUGAAGGAUGAAGAAUUUGAGCUCUGAUGAGCCACAUUAUGAAGGAACACACUUCUGCUCCCUCCUCAAAGUUGCAACAGGUCCCUGAUGAUGACUUGCGUACAAGUUGGUACUUCUUUUAACUUGUUUCUAGUUUUUUCUUCUUCUUUUUCGGGGUCUUGUUUCGUUGUUAUAAGAACAUUUGCAGAGUUUACCUUCAUUCUGUAGUUCUGUACUUUUGUGCUUAAUCUACUUAGUGAUGUUAUAAUCUGGAUGAUGAUGAUGAUGAUGAUGAUGAUAGUUCUCGUUCCCUUAAACUGAGUUACUACACCCGGGAGCCCAUUUUUUGGGGCUCAUUUUGUUCUCCUCCUUGAUCAUUGCAAUGUAUCAAGAUUCAUAAUCACUCAAUCUGCUAGAUCUGCUUUCAUUGUUGGUUGGGGGUGGCCUUUGUAAGUAUCGGAGGCAGGAAAGAACUUCCUCGUUGGUUGUAUGUUCUUGGUACUAUCUCGUAUUGCGUAUUCAUUGGAUUCAAAUUUUGGAAUUUUGCUGCGUAUCCAUUAGAUUCAUACUGGCAAAUGGUCAUGGACAGUUGAUAACUUCCUUGUUCGUUCUGUUCCAACGUGGGCCGGCUACCUUUCUCGACGAAUCUUUGAUUGUCUCGUCUGUCUGGGGGUAAUGUCCAAGAUGUUCGCUCGAAUUUAUAGGACACUCCGUAUGUAUGACAGUAUGAGUAUGACAACUAAAGCAUUCAAUUUAUUUUAUUGCUUCUUUUAUGAUUAGACAUCCUAUGCUGAAUCUUGUCCUAAAAUUACUAUUUGUCGUAAUAAUUUUGAUACCCAACCUAUAUAAUUAGCCUUUUUCAAUUUUGGAAUUGAAAACCCAACCAAACAAGACCUUCCCCCCAUCUGGUUCUCUCCACCCAGUCAAAUGUUUUGAUGAUUAAUUUUUUAAAAAUUACAAUUAAUUUGAGAGAAAUAUUAUUUUUGUCUUUUUUAUGGAUGAUGUGUUUAUGGGUGCAAACUAUAUAAGAGAAGAGAAAAGGGUAAGGGCAGUGGCGGAUUUAGGAAUUUUAAAUAGGGGUGUCCACUUCAAAAAAAAAAAAAAAAAAAAAAAUAAUAAUAAUAAUAAGAAAUCAAAUAAUUAAUAACUAUGAAAAUAUUCAACUAGUAAAAGUUAGAAUAAAAGUUCAAACAUGUUCCGUAUUAUGAAAGAACGGUAAAAUACAUUCGGUGUAUACACUGCUCAACAAAUCUCUCGUGACAUAUCCUACUAGACAAGGGUAACCCGUAAUUGGGUUUAAUCGUUAGGUUUUGAAAAUAUUUGGGGAUAAGAAUAACAUUUUACUAUUAUAUUUUAAUCUAAAACAUAACUACAAAUGAGUUGUAGUCUAAUUGAAACUAUAUUUGCUAGUAGCAGCACUAUUCCCAAGUUCAAAUCACAUAGACCCUAUCCCUUAAAUAUUAUUUGUAGUUUGUACCCAUAUGUAGAAUACUAUUGGAGGUUGAAUAAUCAUUUUCCAUAUUUUAAGGGUGUUCCACUAUCACUAUUUUUUUUUUACCCAUACACAAACAACUAUCAAAGGUUGGAUAAUCAUUUUUCCAAAUUUUAAAACCUCUGUGUAUCCGCUCCUGGGUAAGGGAAUAAAUUUGAUUCCUGUUAGGACGAUAUAUAAUAAUUUUUAGGAUAACGUUUAGCAAAAACUUAUGCGGCUUGCAUUACUCAAUCAAGUAGCAAAUGUCAGCAUCAAUUACAUCCCCUAUUAUCACAGGGUAAUUCUCAAACUUAGGGAUGGCAAUUUUGACAUGACCCGAUUUACCCGACUUGUUUGGCCUGUUUUGGGGUGGGGCGGACAUGGGUACCUCUCAUCGACCCGACCUGCCCUGACCCGCCACAUUCUCGACCCGUUCUUGCCUAAAUUACAUAUAAUCUUAGUUAAAUUACUUAGGAUUUUCCUCUUAUUACAUUACAUUUUAGAUAUAAUAAAGUUGCAAUUAAGUG